AUGACAGACGAGAAGCCACCAGCAGCUGUGGACAUUGAGAAAGAUGUCUCUACGGAGAAACAACCAGCACGCGCCCACGAUGCGGACGAGGCGUUGAACGCCUUUGAAGAGCUGCAGGGGGAGGCUAUUGAGCUUGAUGCGGGAACGAACAAGCGGCUAUUGAAGAUAAUCGACUGGCAUUUGAUGCCGAUUAUGUGCUUUGUCUAUGGGAUGAAUUAUCUGGAUAAAACAACACUAUCCUAUGCAAGUGUUAUGGGCAUCAAAGAAGACCUGAGUCUAGUGGGAGAUCAAUAUCAAUGGCUGGGGAGUUUGUUCUAUUUUGGCUACCUCGCAUGGGAAUACCCAACCAACGUUCUCCUCCAGCGUCUACCCCUUGGUAAAUAUUCAGCAGCAUGCAUUCUAAUUUGGGGCGCGAUUCUCUGCUGCUUCGCCGCUGUAAAGAACUACCCCGGCGCCAUUGCAAUUCGCUUCUUCCUCGGUGUCUUCGAAGCAGCCGUAACGCCCGGCUUCGCCCUCCUUACCUCGCAAUGGUACACUAAACAAGAACAAGCCAGUCGCGUCAACAUCUGGUUCAGCUUUAACGGCUGGGGCCAGAUUCUGGGCGGUUUCGUCGCCUAUGGUAUUGCUAUCGGUACAGAACGUCAUGGCUCUGCUAUUGCGUCUUGGAAGAUCGUCUUUCUGUGUACUGGUUUGCUGACUCUCGCCCUGGGGCUGAUAUUCCUCUGGGUCGUGCCAGAUAGCCAAUUGAAUGCGCGCUGGUUGAAGAAGGAGGAUCGGGUGCUGGCUGUCGCAAGAGUCAGGGUCAACCAACAGGGUAUUGGAAAUAAACAUUUCAAGUUCUAUCAAGUGAAGGAAGCCUUGAUGGACCCGAUGACAUGGGCGUUCUUCUUCGUUGCGCUUAUUGCUGAUAUCCCGAACGGGGGAAUCACCAACUUCUUCAACCAAUUGAUCACAAGCUUCGGCUACAGCGAAGAGCAAUCCCUUCUCUACGGCGUCCCCGGCGGCGCUGUCGAAGUCGUCGCCCUCAUCGCCAGCGGCUACACAAGCCACAUCACCCAACAGCGCAUCCUAUGCAGCACGGGCGGUCUGAUCUGCGCAGUCGUGGGAAUGGUGCUUAUUGUCGCGCUGCCAUUAGAUAAUGACGUGGGUCGGUUGAUCGGGUACUACAUGACGCAGGCGAGUCCGACGCCGUUUGUGGCGCUGUUGUCGUUGGUGUCGAGUAAUAUGGCUGGAUAUACGAAGAAGACGACUGUGGCGGCGCUUUAUUUGAUUGGGUAUUGUGCGGGGAAUAUCAUUGGACCACAAGUCUUCCGUCCCAAAGAUGCACCGCGCUACGUCCCCGCUGAGAUCACGAUUAUCGUCUGCUGGGGCGUGUGUCUCCUGAUAUUGGCUUUCAUCUGGUGGUGGUAUAAGAAGGAGAACAACAAGAAGGCAGAUAUUAGGGCGAGGGAGGAUUAUGUGCGGUUGGAGAAUCAGGAGUGGUUGGACUUGACGGAUUGGGAGAAUAGUGAGUUUGUUUAUUCGUUGUAA